UCGUCACAAGGGUGGCUUUUGUGCGUACUCUGAAAUAUACAACAACGGUAGAAAUACACCUUCUUACACUUUAAAUGGUUAAAUUGAGACAGGAUGGAACAAGGAGGCACUUAGAUCGAAGAACUUUUUACGUGGUGCCGGGAAAGGAAAAGGUAUGGGCGAAUCGGCCGCAGCAGAUUUGAUGGCUGUAAAAAGCUGCGGGUAAGUCAGCUGAUGUUCCCUGUGCCGCGGCUUCUUGACAGUUCUGAGUGUGCAGAUCCCUCGGACUUCGGAAAUUGGAGAGUGAUCCUGCAAAAGAAGAUGAAGAAAAACAGAGAAAGAUUCUGCAACAGAGAAAGGGAAUUUGUGUAUAAAUUCAAAAUAGGAAGUCAGUGCUUAGAACUGAGGGUGCCCCUCAAAUUUCCCGUUCAAGAGAAUGCCAGUGAUUUACAUGGACGUCUGAUGCUGUUGCACAGUUUACCAUGCUUCAUAGAAAAAGACUUAAAAGAAGCUCUGAGCCAGUUUAUAGAAGAAGAAUCCCUCCAAGAUUAUGAUAGAGAGGCUGAAGCAUCUCUGGAAGCUGUGAAGUCAGGUGAAGUAGAUUUACAUCAACUGGCAAGUACGUGGGCCAAAGCUUAUGCUGAGACCACAUUAGAGCAUGCAAGGCCUGAAGAACCAAGCUGGGAUGAAGAUUUUGCAGACGUGUACCAUGACCUAAUCCAUUCCCCUGCCUCUGAAACGCUCCUAAAUUUGGAACAUAAUUACUUUGUUAGUAUCUCAGAACUGAUUGGUGAAAGAGAUGUGGAGCUGAAAAAAUUACGAGAGAGACAAGGUAUUGAAAUGGAAAAAGUGAUGCAGGAAUUAGGAAAAUCACUGACAGAUCAAGAUGUAAAUUCACUGGCUGCUCAGCAUUUUGAAUCCCAGCAAGAUUUAGAAAAUAAAUGGUCAAAUGAAUUAAAACAAUCAACUGCCAUCCAAAAGCAAGAGUAUCAGGAAUGGGUGAUAAAACUUCAUCAAGACCUAAAAAAUCCAAACAACAGCUCUCUCAGUGAAGAAAUUAAAGUUCAACCAAAUCAGUUCAGAGAAUCAGUAGAAGCAAAUGGAAGGAUUUAUGAGGAACAGAGAAAGUUAGAAGAAAGUUUUACCAUUCACCUAGGAGCUCAGUUGAAGACCAUGCAUAAUUUGAGAUUGCUGAGAGCAGAUAUGCUUGAUUUCUGUAAGCACAAAAGAAAUCAUCGAAAUGGUGUGAAACUCCAUCGACUCCAGACAGCUCUGUCUCUUUAUUCCACAUCUCUUUGUGGCCUGGUUUUAUUAGUGGAUAAUCGAAUCAAUUCAUACAGUGGUAUUAAAAGAGAUUUUGCCACAGUUUGUCAAGAAUGCACGGACUUCCAUUUUCCCCGAAUUGAAGAACAACUGGAAGUUGUCCAGCAGGUGGUACUUUAUGCUAGAACCCAGCGGAGGAGUAAGUUGAAAGAAUCACAUGAUUCUGGGGGCCGAAAUGGAGAAAGUGAUGAUAAGACUAAAAAUGCUGAUAGGAACUAUUUAAAUAUUUUACCUGGAGAAUUUUAUAUUACACGGCAUUCUAAUCUCUCAGAAAUCCAUGUUGCUUUCCAUCUUUGUGUGGAUGACAAUGUGAAAUCUGGAAACAUCACUGCUCGUGACCCUGCCAUUAUGGGACUCCGGAAUAUACUCAAGGUUUGCUGUACCCACGACAUCACAACAAUAAGUGUUCCGCUCUUGCUGGUGCAUGAUAUGUCAGAGGAAAUGACUAUACCAUGGUGCUUAAGGAGAGCAGAACUUGUGUUUAAGUGUGUCAAAGGUUUCAUGAUGGAAAUGGCUUCAUGGGAUGGAGGAAUUUCUAGGACAGUGCAAUUUCUGGUACCACAGAGUAUUUCUGAAGAAAUGUUUUAUCAACUUAGUAACAUGCUUCCUCAGAUCUUCCGAGUAUCAUCAACACUUACUCUGACAUCCAAGCACUGAGGCUCUGUGGACCAACGUGCUGGCAGGAGAGGACUGUCACACUCUCCAGGACCUUGCACUAUGCUGGGACUCUGUCAAGCAAAAGAUCCCCAGAAAGAGAACUUACAACCCAAGCUACAAAUCAAAUCAUGAUAGAUGUCUGUCAAACCCUCCAAAAAUUCUUCUACCGAACAGGCUAGUGAUCAGCCCCUUACGUAUUUGUUUAUUGUUAAAGUCUCUUUAUGAAAAAAAUGUCUCUCUUUUCCUGUUGCCAUAUUAAUAGGAUAAAACUUCCUAUAUAUUGCUCAUGGACACUUGAUGUAGGAGAGUGUUCACUGCAUUUUAUGAAGACAUUUGUCUUUUCCCAAAGUCCUGAAUCAUAUCAGGUACAAGGCUUAAUUAAACAUACCAAUAAAAUCUUUCCUCUAUCUUAUUUGCCAAAUAAAAAUUAAAAAGCACUUAAAUAUACAUUGCAAAUA